AUGCUUAUGUACCCACGUAAGGGUCUCAUCACCGAUCCAUACAACUCUGAGGACAUCAUCAUACAAGACGACCAGUACCCACCUGAGUUCUACUCUGAGUCCUACUGUUCGGACCGUCUGCAAUCACCCUUCCAGUGUCACCCGACUGUACAGCUCUCCCCACCUUCUUCCACACCUUCCUCGCCUGCUCUUUCCUCGCCAACUUUCUCGAUCCCCUACCCGCAAACGUCCGACUCUCAAUCGUACGGGGCUCCUUCGAUGACCCCCGCCUCUUCAUACAACCCGUCGUACGACAUCCAGGGUUCCGCUUCGCCUCACUACUUGCCUCAAUACCCCCAGCAAUAUUAUACCCCAAUGUUGGCGCAACAACCUCUCCCCAGCAACCAGGCCUGGGACGGCAACAUGCAAUUGUUGAGCCCCGCGCGCAUUCCCUACCCCGGCGUGCAGAAGAGAUCCUCGCCCUCGGUCACUUCGCGAUCCAUGCCUGGCUACCACCGCCGGUCGACCAGCGCUAACAAGCCAUUGCCCACGCCGGUGCAAACCCCGCUGCAGAACUCUUUCCUCGCCACACCCUUCCAGAACUUCGACCCCUCAUCACAGGACCUCCACAGCGCCGAGGCUGAAACAGCUAUGCGGCGGGCAAUCAUGGACCAGCAGAAGCAAUCAUCCCCUCAGCAGCUCCAGGGGGAUUACUCUCUGGCCCCUUCAGUGUCAACCUUGAGCCACAAUUCCCCCGUGACCCCCCAGACGAGUCUCGAUGAGCUCGACGACGCAUCGAAGUCGAUGAGCAAUGGUGAGAUUCGAAACCCUGAAAUCGACCGGUGGAUGACCCAAUACUUACAUUUUGAUGCCUCAGAAUACAACAAUGGCAUGCCUAUGGGAGUUCCCAGGUUGGACCGCACUAUUUCCGAUAUCUACCAGGAUGAACUUUACAAUCCCGCGGUGAUGGCCGCUCCCCAGGUGGCUAAGCCUGGACAGAACCUGACCCCUCGCAACUUUAUCGCCGAUCGACUGAACGCCGCCAACCAAGGACAUAUGUCUGCCCGCUCUCAAUCGCCCGUCAACCGACGGGAUCGCUCCCCUUUCCGCCCGUCCUCUCCCUUUGCCGGAGACAUGGGCAGUGAGGCCCUUCAGCAGCCCCAGGCCACGAGCGUUCCCAUGCAUGGAAUGAACAUGAACCAGAACACUGGCGACAUCAAGACCAUGUCCCCGAAGGAUGCCGUCCUGGAUUUCCAGGACGCCGAGGACCCCGCCAUGCCUCCUCUCUUCCCCAACGGCAUCCCCACCGGACAGGCAGAUUUCAAUCUGGGCGAUGCGCUCGGCUUGCGACGCGACAGUGGCUCGAUGCGAUCGAUGGAAGCCUUCCCUCAGUACAGCGCGCCCGCCAUGUCCCAGCCUCAAUUCGCCUUUACCCAACCUCCCAGCCGCAACAACCUCCUCCAGCAAUCCUCCGACUUCCCCUCCCUUCCUACCGUGGAAUCGACCGAGACUCCCCAAAGCCAGAUCCCCAUGCCUACGGAGAACAUUUCGCGACCCGGCAACACUACUUCGGAUUCCGGCACUUAUACUUGCACCUACCACAACUGCGCCUACCGCUUCGACUCUCCCUCCCGAUUACAGCGACACAAGCGCGAGGCCCACCGCCAAACCACGCCGGGCGGGCACUUGAUUAGCCGCGACACGUCGCUUCGCAACUCCCAGGCGGGACCCCACAAGUGCGAGCGCAUCAACCCGUCUACGGGCAAGGCGUGCAAUUCUAUCUUCUCUCGUCCCUACGAUCUUACCCGACACGAACACACGAUCCACACUGCCGGGAAGCAGAAGGUGCGCUGUCACAUCUGUAACGAGGACAAGACGUUCAGCCGAAACGAUGCUCUCACAAGGCACAUGCGAGUGGUGCAUCCUGAGAUCGAUUGGCCAGGCAAGCAACGCAGACGGAACUAA